UGCUCUUUGAUUGUGGCCCCCCCGCUCCAGCAAAAACUGGAUUUACAAGCAAAUCUUUGUUUGGUUUUCCUGAUUAUCUUCUUUCAAGUCAACAAAACGCCAUUCACCACCGGCCACCUGUAUGCCGAUAAACUACAAUACGCGUCCACAUUCCGCCGGAGAUUCCGAUUCCGAUUCCACUUCGCCUUCUUCUGCCUUUUGAUUCCAUUGGGCCAAAACCCGCAGGCAGCCAUGGCAGAUCGGCGUCCCAAAUGGGUGAAAGAAGAGUUCCUGACGUACAUCUAUAUCCUCAUCUACAUCGCUCUCUCCAGCGGCCAGAUCUUCUUCAACAAGUGGGUUUUAUCGUCGAAGGAAAUAAACUUCCCGUAUCCUCUCGGAUUGACACUGCUUCACAUGGUCUUCUCCUCUGUUCUGUGUUUUGUACUUACCAAAGUUCUCAAGAUAAUGAAAGUUGAGGAAGGAAUGACUUUGGAUAUAUACGUAUCUUCAGUUCUCCCGAUCGGUGCGAUGUUUGCGAUGACACUGUGGCUCGGGAAUACUGCUUACCUCUACAUAUCUGUUGCGUUCGCUCAAAUGUUGAAAGCAAUCAUGCCGGUGGCCGUCUUUAUUCUGGGGGUAUUAGCCGGGCUUGAAGUGAUGAGUUGCAGAAUGCUUCUAAUAAUGUCGGUAAUCAGUUUUGGUGUAUUGGUUGCAUCUGUGGGAGAAAUAAGCAUUAAUUGGGUCGGGGUCGUUUACCAGAUGGGAGGUGUUGUCGGCGAAGCUUUGAGGCUAAUAUUCAUGGAGAUUUUCGUUAAACGUAAGGGCUUAAAACUUAACCCUAUUUCCAUGAUGUACUACGUUAGCCCCUGCAGUGCCGUUUGCCUCUUAUUACCGUGGAUAUUCUUGGAGAUGCCUAGAAUGGAUGCACAAGGAACAUGGAACUUCAAACCACUUGUUCUAACACUUAAUUCUCUUUGUACCUUCGCGCUCAAUCUUUCGGUUUUUCUCGUAAUUUCGCAUACGAGUGCUUUGACUAUUCGUGUGGCUGGUGUUGUCAAGGACUGGGUCGUGGUUUUACUCUCGGCCCUUCUUUUUGCGGAUACAAAAUUGACACUUAUCAAUCUCUUCGGCUAUGCCAUUGCUAUAGCCGGGGUAGCUGCGUACAACAACCACAAGUUGAAAAGGGAAGCUUCUCGAGUUAACUCGGAUAACUCUGCUGAGUCGAUCCCACUCGUUUCGACUUCAACCUCAAAUCAAUGAACCCAGGAAAUACAAGUGUUGAAAAAUCCGCUGGUUUCUGAGCGAAAUUCGUCCUUCGAGUUUCGUAACUCUAUCGUGAGAAAACAAAAGUGUUCGGUGGCGAUGAACGCGUAUACAGGCAACAGAGAAUAUAUUGGAGAAACAGUGAAUGACAAAGUUAAAUUCCUCGGCUGAUACCGUGAUCUUUGUAAUAUGAUUCUUUUUUUCUUUUUUUUUUUUCGUUUGCGAUGUUUCAAAUUGGAAUUUGGAACACCACUGUAAUUGUAGCUUAACUGUAAAGUUGAGACGUACAACCUUCGUUUUUGUGCAGAAAGGUUGGCAACAUUUCCUCAGUACGGCCUCAAUACACAUGUCCUCGAUAAUUGUAUUUUUAUUUUUUAUUUA